AUGCCUUGUUUUCCAUUUGCGGCAAAGACCACAACGUACAGUAUUUAUGUUGUUCCUCUGCUUGCAGCAACCGCAUACGGAUAUAUCGUCUACUACGUGCACAAAGAUGCAUCAGCCGCUCUGAAGAAACGAGACAUGCGGAAUCGCUAUCUCCCAACAGUAGUCGACCAGAUUGCUCGGGACGCCACGGGUUCCGUGCCAACAGAAGGACUAGAGCUUCAACCGGAAGAGUUGGGCCAGCUACGAUUCCUCAUCAACGUUGCCACCCAGGAGAUGGAUGACUGUUACUCGCUGUCAUUCGCAAACAAACUCUACACGCCCUCAUUCCGCGGAGGCUACCUUCAAGAAGCGCAGAAGAAAGUGAUACUCAAGUCCUGCCAGAAGAAGGUCCUCAAUUAUUGGAAAUGGGAAGUUCUGUGGGGGAAGCUUUCAACCAAUUUCCACCCAUAUCGCGUGGACAAUAUCAUGCUCACGGGGUUUCUCCUGCUUGCAUUGGCAAUGUAUGAAGGGCCACCGGCGACGACUGUUUCUCCAAAGACGGCGCCCUGGAACUUGUCAUCGACGAUACUCACAAAUACAAGGUCUCAUCUGCCAAACUGGAUCUAUACUUUCUGCAACCUCCAAGGCAUGAAUGCGUUGGUUGCGAACGACGCCAACAAGGGGACGUCGGUUGCGGAGGAGAUCAACCCGCAGUUUCGCGAAGCUUUCAUCGAUGAUUUCAUGGCAGCUGAUGGCAGCGUCCAUCCCAUACGAUCACAUUUGACAGGAUUUCGCAUUCCCGGCUUGGUAGGAGCCAUGAACGACUUUUCAGUCUGCUGCUUGUCUGGCGCGGUCCUUCCUGACAUUGCCCUGCGCGCAUAUGCCAUUUGCCGCAAGGAGUACACUGAAGUGGACGAAAAAGGAAACAUGAAGUUCAAGGGGCUCCAAGGCGCCGACUUUAUCGAUCCCGGUAACUACAAGGGGUCCAAGGCCGCAUUGUACGGGACGAGUCUGCUCGCUGCACGAGAGCUCGGGGACAAAGUUGCCGCGGAUGCGAUUUUGAAACUGAUCGACGCGAAUGCAGGAUUUUCAACGAACCGAGAAAGACGGUGUCAUUUGAUAUUCCGUGGGCGCAUCAACACAACAAAAGGCUAUGUUCGAGCCAUCACCCAGCCGAUGAGUGACGCUGUCAAGAACGGACCAUAUCUCGGCGACGUCAAAUACCCAGAAGUUCUGGUUGCAAAGGCGAUCUCCCAUACCGGAACGGACCUCGACCUCGUUCUAUACCCAGGAACCGAGAAAAGGGAUGUGUCGUUACCAAUCAAGCAGCUGAAACCGAGCACCACUUACACAUUUGAUAACGGCAGGGAGUUUGUCUCCGACUUCCAGGGCGAGGCCACAAUCUCCGUGACUCUCAAUGGCAGGACGGUUGUCAAGUUCGCCCAGUCGUAA